AUGCCUCAAGUUGCUGCAGAAGCAUCACUAUCAUGGGAAGAAACGAAAGAAGUUUCAGAAUAUAUAAAACAUCACGGCAUUCUCCAGUUUAUUAAUUUGUACAAAAAAUACAAGGACAGAAGAGAUGAUGAGUUUAAAUGGGGAGAUGAGAUAGAGUACAUGAUUGUCAAGUUCGAUGAUGAGGAAAAAACAGCGAAGACGUUAUUUGACUCGCAUAAUUUGAUGCCGAAGCUCAAUAGAAAAGAACUCGUCGACCCAGAGACAGCGAAUUGUCUAUGGAGUUAUGAGUACAGUUCGUAUCAGAUCGAAUCAAAGCCUGGAAAACCUUACGGCGGAUCAUUGGCGGAGUUCAAUAAAGUUGAGUCGAAUAUGCUGAGCCGAAGAAUUGAAGCGAGGGAGUUGUUGAAGCCCGACGAAAGACUUUUGACGAUUACUUCGUUUCCAAGAUUGGGGUGUAGUAACUUUUGUUACCCGGCUGCAAAACCGACACCGGAGGAAGGAAUUAAUGCUAGUUUAUUUCUUCCCGAUGAAGCUAUAUGUCAAGGGCUUGACAGGAUGCGAGCCAUACCAAUAAGUGUCAAAUUGCGUCGAAAUGAAGGAUUGUCGAUUAAUAUCCCAAUUUACAGAGACAAAAACGUCGCAAAACCAUUAAAAGAAGACUUGGUGGCUUUAGGAAGUGAUCAAAAAUGUCAAAGAGAAGCUAAAGAUAAUCAUAUUUAUAUGGAUGCAGUGGGUUUUGGAUUGGGCUGUUGUUGUGUACAAACGACGUUGCUUGGUCGUGAUAUAACACAAGCACGAGAAUUGUAUGAUCAACUUACUCCAUUUACUGCGGUUAUGGUCGCUUUGACGGCAGCAGCUCCUGCGUUCCGUGGCUAUCUUGCGGAUGUUGAUAGUAGAUGGAUUGCUACUACAGACUCGGUAGAUGACAGAACAAGAGGAGAAAGAGGUCUUGAGCCUCUGAAAGACGGCGAGAGGUUAACGCGGAAUGGGAGAAACGGAUCAGUUGAGUGGUAUCUCAGCGACGAGGGUCAGAGAUACAACGAUCUCCCGCUGGAGUAUGAUGAUGGAUUGUUGAAAGUACUGAUGGAUAAUGGAGUUGACAAAGCUCUCGCGCAGCAUGUUGCCCAUCUUUUUACAAAAGACCCUAUAACAAUCUUGUCGACCCAGAUAUAUGUAGACGACGAAAAAUGCUCAGAUUGUUUUGAUAGUAUUCAAGGAACAACCUGGAGAUCGAUAAGAUUCAAACCGCCACCGGCUAAUUCGGACAUCGGCUGGCGAGUUGAGUUCCGUCCGAUGGAUAUUCAAAUUACAGACUUUGAGAAUGCCGCGGCAGUCUGUUUUAUCAUUUUACUGGCAAAGGUUAUCGUCCACUUCAAUUUGAAUACUUUGAUACCACUGAGUAAAGUUGAAGAAAAUAUGAUGAGAGCGCAGAAACGUGACGCCGUAAAUAAGGAAAAAUUGUGGUUCCGCAAGGACACCACGUCCCAUGCCACAGACCAACCGAUCGACCAAGAGUACGGGGAAUUCUCACUAAAUGAAAUAAUAAAUGGAAAGCAAGGCCACUUUAUCGGUAUCAUACCCCUGAUAAAUUCUUACAUUGACAGCUGUAAUGUUGACACUGAAACUCGCAAUACAAUCCAACGAUUUUUGGAUCUCUUUGGUGGACGUGCCUCCGGUAAACUUUUAACCGACGCUGCUUGGAUGCGAAAACAAAUAAUCAAUCACCCGGACUACAAAGAAGACGCAGUAGUUUCCGAGCGUAUCAAUUACGAUCUGCUGAAGUCAAUCGACCUAAUCGCCCAUGGUCAUCAACCAUGUCCAGAUUUAUUUGGCUCUCAUUUACUCCCGAAAAUACCUUAAAUAAAUAUACUGUCAAUAUUUAAAUAUCAACAACUAGUUACACAUAAUCACGUAAGAAAUUGACAUAAAACAAAUUCUGUAAAAAAAGUACCCCAUUGUAUUUUUUGUAAAUAAUCAAUUGCAUAAAUUGAUUACUGAUUCCAAUAAAGACUAAAAGAAAAAUUCUGCGAUCAAUUAUAUGUUUACACAAAUGCGUUAAACAGUUAUAACACGUCCUAAUUCUCUAUGUAAUGCAAAUAUUUUACUUUUUUAUUAAUGUCUAAAUG